AUGAGUAGUGAAACUCAAAGUGUAACUGAUACCCACAGAUCAAAGCUAUCCACAUUUGCCAAACUUAGAAAAUCACAAUCAACGCCAAAACUACGAGACCAGAGAAAACCAAGACUUGGUCACACCAUUACAUCUUACUCGACUAUUAAUACCCCAACUUCCAAUUCCCCAACACCUACAUCCACAACUGUGACAACAACACAAGCAUCCGCCACUCCUUCAAAUAAAGCUACAACACGGGUACCACGAGCAAAAGUGUCUAGUUCAAAGAAUACAAAGGGUGCAGCAACGACAUCCUCAUUGAGAUCUUCUUCAGCAUCACCAGGGUUUUUCAAAAAGCUCUCGCACGAGUGGCAUUCGCUUAUUCAUCGAUUAAAGUCAAUAUCAGAAGAUGUGUUCACUGUUGACACCUUGAUUGAUGACUUGUUUGUUGAUGACGGAUCCGAUGAGCAUAUGGCAUUUGAUAAAUUGGUAAGAUCGUCAAAAGGGUACAAUACAACCGAGGAAAAUUUUUUACAAGAUUAUAAAAAAUUCAAGAGUCUAGACAAGAUGUAUGCUCACUAUAACGGCAGUGGUGGUAAUAGUAAUAGUAACCACAACCAAGCUGUUGUUACUCAUAGUCAAGUAUUGAAUAGUCACGACGUGGGCAGUUCAACUACAGUUGUAUCUGACCAAACGAGUUUUAAUGUGCGCACAACUUUACAAGAUGUCAUACGACAUCAUCAAGCACUGUUUCAAAAUAUAGAUGAAAUCACUCUGGAUAGUGAAGAAAUGAACCGGGAACGAGAAGAAGAAGAGGAGGAAGAGGAAGAGGAAGAGGAAGAAGCAUUGGACAGUAUCACAGCAACUGGAUCAUCCACUAAUACCCAUGAGGCACCACAAUUCAAUGACAUUGAUUUCGCUAUCCUACGUAAGGAGUUUGAAAAUAUGUUGGCAUCUACUGCUGUGACUACUGCGAAGGUCCCAUGUGAUUCAACAAAGUCAAAUCCCCAUGCAUUAUCAUCGUCAUCAUCAUCAUCGAGACCUUCAUCACAACUGUUACUACUGGCCCAAGAUGUAAAUGUUGGCACAAUAUUGUGGAAUUAUCGUCGUCGUAAAUGGCUUCACUGUCCAGACCCCACGAAAUCAGAAGCCCGGAUUAAACAAACCUCGAUAUCAUAUAUUCCUAAGGAAUCAUACUACAAAAUUUAUUAUUCGUUAGUUGAUGAGAAUAAAGUGUUGAAACAAGAUAAACAUAUCAAUUUACGAGAUUUAAUCAAGAUUAUCCAUGUUGGGUGGAUUGAGGAGAAGAAAUGGGAUCCAUAA